AUGCUUGAUUCUCAAACUAAGUUCUUAGGAGACCGGUAUGAAACGGGAUUGCUCUGGCGAUACGAUGACAUCCGCCUGCCAGAUAGCCGACCGAUGGCAUUCCGCCGUUUUCAGUUGUUAGAAAAGCGGAUGCGCAAAGACCCGAUGCUGGGCCAAGCCCUAGAUGAGAUGAUGAAAGAUUACCUGGCUAAAGGAUACAUCCGAAGGCUCGCAACAGGAGAAGAAGCAGACCUAUUGACACACCGAACCUGGUAUUUGCCCGUAUUUCCCGUUUUCAACCCGAACAAGCCGGGAAAAGUGCGAAUCGUGUGGGAUGCAGCAGCCACUAUCUUUGGAAUAUCCCUGAAUUCCGCGCUCCUAAAAGGCCCGGAUCAACUGUGCUCACUUUUCUCCAUUCUUCUACAAUUUCAGGAACAUCGUAUCGGUUUAUGCGGCAAUAUUCGGGAAAUGUUCCACCAGGUGCGAAUACGGGAACAGGACCGACCGUGUCAAAGAUUUUUUUGGAGAGAUGAAGACGGAGAAAUAGCUACGUUCGAGAUGUUCAUCGGCAGCCAUCCUGGAGCGGUGGACAUCAUCAUCAAACGGCAUUACGUAGACGAUAUGUUGAUAAGCGUGGAGUCGGAAGCAGAAGCCAUUCAGUUAGCAGAAGAUGUUAAAUUCGUACAUUCAAAAGGCGGUUUUGAAAUCCGCAACUGGGUAAGCAACGCCCCUGUUGUGCUAUCGGCUUUGGGAGAAGGUGAUAUCAAAACGAAAAACCUAGACCUGUCUGCAGAAGCUUCAACGGAGAAAGUUCUAGGCAUGUGGUGGUGUACGGAAACCGAUAAGUUCACCUUUAAAGUAGGCUGGACGCGCUACGAUGAAGCACUGUUAUCUGGAGAGCGUAGACCGACAAAACGAGAGAUACUGCGUGUGCUAAUGUCUAUCUUCGAUCCCCUCGGAUUAAUCGCACACUUUCUCAUUUUCUUGAAGAUACUUCUACAAGAGGUGUGGCGUUCUGGUGUUCAAUGGGAUGACGAAAUCGGUGAUCUUCUGUUUGUGAAAUGGCAAACUUGGCUACGCGUGUUACCUGAGGUUGAAAAUGUUCAAAUACCACGAUGCUACUGUAGUCAGAUGAUCCAUGGAGAACAAAUAGAGCUACAUACGUUUGUCGACGCCAGCGAAAACGGCUUCGCAGCCGUAUCGUUCCUGCGCUUCUGUGGCGGCGCGCAAGUGAGAUGCCUUCUUGUUGCAGCGAAAACACGCGUCGCACCGCUGAAGUUUUUGUCUAUCCCUCGACUUGAGCUGCAAGCUGCUAUUCUUGGUGCACGAUUGGCGCAGACUAUAAUCGACUCUUUGUCCAUUCGAAUCACGAGACGUCUAUUCUGGACCGACUCUCGGGAUGUGUUGUGUUGGAUCAAUUCAGACCACCGACGAUUCACACAGUUUGUUGCACAUCGAGUCAGCGAGCUUCUAGACUCCACCGAACCAUGCGAAUGGCGCUGGGUUCCAACAAAGGAAAACGUAGCGGAUGACGCCACAAAGUGGCAGACAAGGCCAGAUCUAUGCUCUAACAGCAGGUGGUUCAAUGGCCCGAUAUUUCUUGAACGGACUGAAUCCGACUGGCCACAACAAAUAGCCUCAAGUAAAUCAACGCCGGAAGAGCUCCGAUCCCAUCUGAUUGCACAUAUCUCGACGCCGUCUCCAUCGUUACGCUAUGAGGAUUACUCCAAUUGGAAAAGAUUAGUCGUUGUAGUUGGACUACUAUUUCGUUUCUUGGCAAACUGUCGCCGAAAAAGGCAAAAUCAACCAAUUCGGACAGGUCCUCUGCACAUGGAAGAGCUACAAAACGCAGAGCAAAGUAUUAUACGAGAAACACAACAGCAAAAGUAUCCGCAGGAAAUUGCCGCUAUAGAACAACACAAGCGUGUAGCAAGAAGCAGCCCAAUUUUCAAAUCAACGCCGUUUUUAGACGGCAACAAAGUUCUACGGAUGCGCGGCCGGACGUCGAACUGUGUUUUCAUCAGCGAAGAAGCGAAAAACCCGAUAAUUCUUCCCCGUGACCACCACGUUACUACAUUGAUCAUAUCCCACUAUCACACUAAAUACCACCACCUCAACCAAGAAACCGUAGUAAACGAAUUACGUCAGAAGUACUCCAUCCCACGAGUUCGCGUUUGCUGUGCCAACGUUAGGAGAAACUGCCAACGUUGCAAAAAUGAGCGAGCCACGCCCUCGCCUCCAAUAAUGGCGGAUCUGCCUGGUGCAAGGUUAGCGGCAUUCUGUAGACCAUUCACUCAUGUGGGGAUUGAUUACUUUGGACCAAUGGAAGUAGCUGUCGGACGCAGAGUUGAGAAACGAUGGGGAAUGUUGGCCACUUGUAUGGCCACUAGAGCAGUACACAUUGAAGUAGCUCACUCACUCAACACGCAAUCCUGUGUGAUGGUCAUACGCAACCUAAUUGCUCGACGUGGUUUACCGCGGUUCAUUUAUUGCGAUCGUGGUACCAAUUUCGUAGGGGCUAACGGAGAAUUAAAGCGUGCUAUGGAAGAACUAGAUGAUGAAGCUCUUAUGAACGAAUUCACCAGCACCGAGACUACUUGGUCGUUUAAUCCACCUUUGGCUCCACACAUGGGUGGGAGCUGGGAGCGUUUAAUUCGUAGCGUGAAGAAUUCGUUGAGGUCAUUGAAACUACCGCAUCGACCAUCAGACGAAGUUUUGCGCAAUGCCUUGAUCGAAAUCGAGAAUACGCUGAACUCCAGGCCACUUACGCACAUUCCGAUAGAGGCCGCUUCAGCUCCAGCUUUGACCCCUAACCACAUUCUCCUUGGAAGCUCCAAUGGAGUGAAACCGCUAACUACGCUCGAGAAUUCUAAUUCCAUCGUACGUCAAUGCUGGCGUUCUUCACAAAUUAUCGCCAACCAGUUUUGGAAGCGUUGGCUACUAGAAUAUUUGCCUGAGAUAACAAGAAGGACGAAGUGGUACUCCGACAGUAUGCGGCCGGUGAAAGUUGGGGACAUAGUCAUCAUUGUUGAUCAGAAGUUUCCUCGCAAUUGCUGGCCAAAAGGGAGGAUCAUAGCAGUUCGCCCCAGCCAAGACGGAGAGGUUCGAUCAGCAACAGUUCGUACAACUGCUGGAGUGUAUGAGCGGCCGGUGGUCAAGCUUGCUGUACUGGACGUCGAUCGCGAAGAGAAGUAGCCGGCUAGGAGUCGGCGUACUCGGGGGGAGUGUUGGCUAGCGUAUAGCUGCCAGCGCGCAUCUUUCUUCUCAGCAACCUUAUUCACUCAUGAGGACCGACGUGACAGGUAACAUCAACGGCUGUACGGAUGGGUAAGAACACAAACAGAAGAAAGGAAAACAAAUCACUAAAUUGAAUUGAAGACAGCGUGUGAAUUUCUUAUCCUAAAUCAAUUAUAAAUAAUACUUAACUACCCUAUAACUAUUAGUGCUACAAUCAAUCUAUUUACAAGCUUAGUACUAGAUUCUUUCCACCAAGUAGCAGAAACCAACCUAACCCUAAUCUACUUAUGCUGUAAAGUGCACAAUCACGACACGACAGACAGAUUUCGACAAGACAGACUACGACUGACAAACUACGAACGAUCAUAAAGGGGACUAAACAUAAUUCGCAUGAGUCGGAACUUCUGGCCGACAAGAAAGAUGGCGCAUUAUCUCCACAUGCUAACGACGUGCACUCCGAUGAGUAACUGUAUACUGUAUACUGUAUAUAUUACUCCGAAGCGGCCACCUUUGCAUUUUAGACGCAGCUGUAACGUGUAGUACAAAUUAAUUCUGAAAAUGCAAUUAAAC